ACUUACCUGGAAAAAGAAAGAGAGAGGCAGAAAAUAUAAUAUACCCAGGCUAAUGUCCUGGGGGAGAUCAGACAGGACAGAAUAGUGGUAGUUCUGUUCAGAAGGGGGACAGGAAAGGGACAGAACUUCAUGGACCUACUAGAACUUGAGCAUGGCUUUGUUGCGGUUUAGUUUAUGAAAGAGAAACUGGAAAUUUGUCCUGGAAUCAUAUGUCCUGUAAAUGAUUAAGGUUUUUUUUUUUUUUUUUUUUUUUUUUUUGCUAAUUGUUUGGUCUGACUGGGAGUUGGGUUUAGGAACCAGAGUGGCUGCAACAGAUGAAAAGCUGGUGUUUUCUGCAGUUUGCCCUAGUGAGAAGUAUUAUUUCCAUCUGAUGAUUACACAGAGUCAUUAAGGGCAAGGAAAGUCCCUGGGUUCCUUGUCAGCUGGGAGGAAACAAGAUUACAGUGGAAUGGGGCCUAUCCUUUGUCUGAGUUCCUGAACUGAGGAAUUAGGGGGCACCAGUGCAUCUGCCUCCGAAAAGGGGGAGGGUCGGCCACAGGGGAUGUCGAUGGUAUGUGCGCUCUGGUCUGCCACUGCUAGUUUGGUCGAAACAAGAAAGCGAAAGCUCACGAAGCCCGGAGAAGCCCUCCUUCUUUUUCGUAAGCUGCUGCUUAGCAGAGCAUGAUAGACCUGACCCUAGACCCUGCAGAUGAUUCGAGGAGCUGGGCAGCGAAAAGGCAGAAGCAUCCGGGCCUGUCCACGGCUCCUUGGGCUGGGAGACCCAUGGAGAAGUUUCGGGCGGUGCUGGACCUCCACCUCAAGCAUCACAGCACGCUGGGCUACUGCCUGGUGACCCUGCUGACGGCGGGCUGCGAGCGCAUCUUCUCCACCGCGGUGUUCCAGUGCCCGUGCAGCGCUACCUGGAACCUGCCCUACGGCCUGGUCUUCCUGCUGGUGCCGGCGCUGGCGCUCUUCCUCCUGAGCUACGUGCUGAGCUCGCGCACCUGGCGCCUGCUGACCGGCUGCUGCGCGCCGGGCGCCCGCGCCGCCAGCGGAAGCCCGGUCCUGGCGCGGCGCCUGUGCCUCGGCCGCGACCCGGACUGCGCGGUCCAGCUGCCGCUGGUGCCCUGCCAGCAGGCCAAGGCGCCCGACGUGCAGGACCUGCGGAAGGAGCUCAUUGCCCAGUCGCAGGUGACGGGCUGGGUCCUGAUAGCAGUGGUUAUCAUCGUGCUCCUGAUUUGUACCUCUGUCAGCCGAUGCCUAUCUCCAGUUAGCUUCCUGCAGCUGAAAUUUUGGAAAAUCUAUGUGGAACAGGAGCAGGAGAUCUUUAAAGCUCAAGCCACAGAGCAUGCAACCGAAUUGGCAAGAGAAAAUAUCAAAUGUUUCUUUGAGUGCUCACAUCCAAAGGAAUGCAACAUUCCAAGCAUUAAAGACUGGCAGCAAAUUUCGUCACUGUAUACUUUCAAUCCCAAGGAACAGUACUAUAGCACGCUGCACAAAUAUGUUAACAGAAAAGAGAAGACUCAGAGUAUCAGAUCUUCUGAAGGAGAUGCAGUGGUUCCUAUUCUUGGCUUUGUAGAUUCACCUGGUAUAAAGAGCAUUACUGACAUAUGACCUUUUUAAUGAAUAGGUAAAAAGUUAUUUUGAAUUAUUGAUUCAUGAAAAAAAUAAACA